CGGGUCGAGAUUUUUUCCACUGGUCUUUGGGAUGCGGGUUGUGAACAGUGCCGCAUCACAACAGCACACCGACAGGACGACCGAUAGUCCGAGUCGCAAGGGUAAGCCCCUGCUUUAUAGGGCGACCACUACUUUCUCACCAUCAUCAUGCUUCGGACUGCCCGGAAUUCGUACAUAUGUUGGAGAUGUCUCGCCGCAGGCACUGAUGCCGCCAUCCCCGCCAAGGCCCUCCGGUCCCGACGGCGACCUUGUACUCUGCCGGGCACGAGUGGUCUUCUCUCCGACAGUCGACGUGCCUUCUCUACCACAAAUACCCACGCUGCUCGAUCUCAACAAAGUCAAACCCCUGUCGACUCCAACUCAACAUCGACAAUACGCGAUGACCCCCUGGAUGAAAGCCAGCGUCUCAAUAUCCGAGAUAGGCUGAGACUUUGGGAGAAGGAAAACCCUCUACCGGCUGAAGAGGUACUACAGGACAUUUCGGCCGGCCAGUCCUGGGGCAACUUCUUAACCCGCUCCCAGACGGCACGCACCUUCACAGAUGAGCCACACGGCCAACAAUCCAAUCCCGACCUGUUCGAUGGGGAUGUACUCUCGGACCUGCGAGGGCAGACUUCGAGUAUAUUAGCUGGAGAUUUGAUUGAAACGAGGUUCGAUGGAAGCCGUCUUCCCGUCCUGGGGAUCUGUCUCGGGAGGCAUCACGGCAUCCACUACUUCUAUAUGGCCACCGGCGAGCUGCUCCCCUACCAAAGCCUUACGUCUGUUUUCACCGUCAAUAACUACGUCGACCCGGCCCAGCUCCAGCCCCUCGUCGAUAUCCUCCCCGCCGAACCGUUCACCAAGCCGCGAAAUGUUCUUCAGCACGUCCAGACGCCUCAAGCCCUCGAAGCUGCUUCCGAGCUUCAGGAACUACUCACCAAAUUCUACGCCGACGCAGUGACUUUCUAUCAGUCCGCUCUCAAAUUCAUCGAACGCGCCAGCGAGCAAGUCGCCGACCCGACAAAGGUCAAGUACAUGAGCCUCGAGGAGCUUGCCGAGCGCAUCCUUCCCGCCUUCCUGAAAUCCGGUGGCAAGUUCUCGCCCCAUAACCUCUACGCCGUACACCUCGCGCUCCAACGAGAUGGCUGGGGGUUCCGUCCCCUGAACGUGAGGUGGCACAGGCGCAACUACAUCUACGAAGUGCGCCCCUCUCAAGACAAGCGCAUUCUGGAGAAGGUCGAGGAGAGGGUACGGAAGCUCAUUGAUGCGGCCUAUCUGCGCCCGUCGUCAGCCCAAUUCGAAUCGCUCUGGGAACAAAACAACCUCGGCCGCUUCAUCAAAAGGGCGCGCAAGGCCAUCCAGGCCAAUCGGGCUACCAGGCCCUGGACACCUCACGGAAUGAUUGGUCCAGGGGACGCCUUGCUCGGGGAUUUGCCGCAGUGGGAAGAGGCCGACUUGGAAUACAUCCGCUUCAUGGAACUCUGGGCGUGCCAUCGGGUCGUUCCCAAGUCGUCCCAAGUCGAUAGCCUAGCUUCCACCAUCCUGCGGUUAACCCAGAUGUAUAAAGAAUCAGACUGGGUUGCGCACUGGACUGGUGUCACUUUUCUCCAGGAGAUCGGCUGGAUACCGCCCUGGGACAUACCUGCGCGCUAUGGCUACCGCUUCCCCGACGUCGAGAUUACCCGGGAUGGUCGCCUGCAACGCCCUCCCAUUGAUAUUGAGAAGUCUUUGCGCCCAGACAUCGCCGAAGGCGCUAGAAGAGACUGGGGCGACGACGCCAAAAUCUUCUGUGUGGAUUCGGAGCAGACGGCCGAUGUCGACGACGGCUUCUCUCUGGAACGGACUGACUCGGCUGGUGAGUACUGGAUACAUGUCCAUAUCGCAGACCCAGCCUCACGCAUCGACCCGAUGUCGCCGCUCGCGCACCAGCUUCAAACCCUUCCUUCCAGUCUCUACCUGGCCGGGUAUUCGGAGACCAUGCUUCCUCCAGAGCUUGAACAAGCCUUCUCUCUGGACCCCGAGAAGCCUACCCUGACGUUCAGCGCGAAAGUCAAUGAAGAUGGACAACUCCUGGAUUACAAAAUUGAACCGGGCAUCGCUCGGAACGUCGUCCACAUGACCAAGGAGGGCCUGUCGAGCGUCCUUCCCGCGCAGGGACAGGACCUUGGUCUGGAGGAUGACGGCCACUUCUUCGCAGUAGGAAAAGAGCCUGGGAUGCCUCCACCCAUCAAGCAGAUUGCCCAGGCAGAGGAUCUUACACAAAAAGACAAAGACGACCUGCUUCUUUUGGACCGUUUGGGAGAGGCUCUCAGGUCCCGCCGCCGGGAGAAGGGCCAGCUACCGCCAAUGGAGGCGAGGCUGCCUUCGCCGACUGUGUCCUUCCAUGGCAUCUCGGAGAAGAGGCAUCCGACGGAUAUGAACGCUUCUCGAGCUUGGAGCGGAGAUCCGUUUAUCAAGUUUGGGCGGUCACCCUACGGCCGGUCAGAGCAGCUCGUCGAGGCGCUGAUGCACACAGCUGGCGAGAUUGCCGCCAAGUGGUGUCAGUCUCGCAACAUCGCCGUGCCGUACAGCACGCAGCCGGAAGCGGUGCGUAACGCCUCGCAGCUCGAGAAACUACGCGCCGAGGUAGCCGACCCUCUCACAGCCGCCGGGAAGCCCUACCCGCAGUCCGUCCGCCAGGAAUUGUUCACCCUCAUCGGAACGUCCGAACUUUCCGCCACCCCGGGGCCCUUCUACUCCACCGGCCUGGACGCGUACACCAAGUCGUCCAGCCCGCUCCGCCGCUACACCGACCUCAUGGUCCACUGGCAGAUCCACGCCGCCCUGGCCCAAGAGCGGCAGACGGGCUCCUCCCUCGCCGGCACCGACUGCGCCGAGGCCCGCUUCCUCCCCUGGACGCGCACGACCCUUGCGCCCUUGCUCCCCGCCCUGCAGGCCCGCCUGCGCCAGAUCCGCGAAGUCGACAACCGCGACGGGCCCUCGCAGUGGAUCUUCCAGGCCCUGCUGCGCGCGUGGCGCUUCGGCGAGGCGCCUCUGCCGCGCACCUUCUCCCUCGAGGUUGACGAUGUGGUUGCCACCGGGAUCCGGGGCCGGCUGCGCGAUUUUCACGAGUUGCCGGCCACGCUGCCGCUGACGCGGAUGGGACUGGGUGCUAGGCUGGCUGAUGCGGCCGUGGGCGACGUCCUCGAGGUGGAGAUUGCGGAUGUUAAUGUUGUCACUAUGGAGAUUGAGGUGCAGUCACCGAAGGCCCCAGACGCCGAGGAAAGGGUCGACGAAGACGUGAGGAGGGUCGAGGACGAGGCGGCGUGAUGUGUGGACGAACUUGAAAAGAACAGUUCCAACUGUAUUUUAUAAUGUACGAUACGUAGGAUUACCAUGUCAAGGUGAGACAGGGACGAAUAUAUAUAGAGAGAGAGAGAGGCUUGCUGUAAGAUUGAGGGUGGGAUUUGCUUGGACAAACACAAUCACCCGUCGGGAUACACAGAAAAUAGAGCACAUGCAUAUC